AAACGAUCACCAGAAACUGCCAAGUUUUAUCGAUUUGACUUUUGCUAACUUCAUGUACAUGCUGGAUUUGAAGAAGGAAGAGUGAGAUAGAGCUGUACAAAUGAAUUAAAAAUGAGUCGACCAUUUUGAAUUUUGUGAUUGUUUGAUAAUAAAAGUAUCAGUAUCUGGUAGUGUAGUGUACUGUAAAAAUAUUUCUAUUGCAUUUGAUAAAGCGCAGUUUCUUCUCUACAAUUUCGAAAGAGCUGCUUCAUCAAAAUGUCCAGAUACUCGGACUGUAAAGUUUAUGUCGGAGAUUUAGGAAAUAGUGCUUCGAAACAGGAAAUAGAAGACGCGUUCAAAUAUUAUGGACCUCUCCGUAAUGUUUGGGUCGCUAGGAAUCCGCCCGGUUUUGCUUUUGUCGAAUUCGAGGACGCUCGAGAUGCCGAAGAUGCAAUUCGAGGACUAGAUGGUCGUAGAAUCAGCGGUCGCAAAGCGCGAGUAGAGAAAUAUGGUCGAACGAUAUGCGGCAGACGAGCAAGAGUAGAAAUGUCCAAUGGAAAAGGAGGCAGCGGACGUUAUCGAGGGCCUCCACCGAGGUCACGUAGUAAACCUUUUCAUCCUGAUGAUCGAUGCUACGAGUGUGGAGAUAGAGGACAUUAUGCCAGAGAUUGCAGCCGUUAUCGAUCUUCAAGAAGACGCAGAUCCAAAAGUCGUUCGAGAAGUCGUUCAAGGGAUCGCAGAUCAAGGACAAGGAGUAAUACCCGUUCCAGAAGCCGUUCUAGGAAUCGUUCCAGAUCUGAUUCAAGAAAGAAAAGCCGUAGUCGUUCUCGAAGUAACGAGAAACGUUCGAGAUCUAGAUCUCGUUCUAGAUCGAGAUCGCGUAGUAGAUCUGUCAAGGAAAAUGGAAAUUCUAAAGAUUAGAUUAGAUCGUCUAUCACUUUCAGGAUUUCUAUUCCAAUUUAUGGUGUUGAUGUAAUACGUAUUGAUUAUAUUUAUUGACAGUUCAAUUCCGUUCACUUUUUACGAUUUUUCUACUUUCACAAUAGAUUCCUAUAAUUUUUUAAAAGAAAUCCUGAUUGACGAGUGCGUUCUUGAUGAUUUUUAUGUAAUUUCAAUACUCCAUAAAGGAUUCAUUUUAUAGAUUAUAGAAUUUUUCUUAUGCUUAUACGUAAUAUACUUGGUGUCCAUAAA